CGCCCCGAAGCGCCGUACACCCGCGGGGCGAGCGCAGGGAGGGAGGGAGCCGGGUGGCGAUGGGCGGUGGCCCCACAUGCGCAGGAGGCCAGGUGCCUGCCGGCUUGUGCUGUGCCGGUAGCACCGCGGGUAGCCCGACGUCCUUAUGGUGCUGUGUCAGAGCGGCGAGGCCGCUGCUGUUCCGGCAGCGGGCGGGAAGGAGCCGGAGGUGCCGCUGAGCCGGGAGGACGAUGCGGGUAAGGGGCAGCCUUGCCUCUGCCCGGCGCCCGGCGUGGAGGCAGCGGGCGCUGAAGAGCGCCGCGGCUGUGGCUGCUGCUCGGGUUUGUCCUGGCUGUGCUGCUGCAAGGCACCUGGAGCAAAGAAGAAAGCUGCGUGUCCAGGACUUGGUCUGUUUUAUACUGUACUGUCUGCCUUCCUUUUCUCAGUGGCCUCUUUAUUUCUUAAAAAAAUAGAAGAUGUACAUUCAGUGGAAGUGAGUGCGUUUCGAUGUAUUUUCCAAAUGGCAUUUGUUCUUCCUGGUUUAAUAUACUACAAAACAGGGUUUUUGGGACCAAAAGGUAAAAGAAUUUUUCUUUGCUUCCGAGGAUUCCUUGGCUCUAGUGCAAUGAUUCUUCUCUACUAUGCUUACCAAGUCAUGCCACUAGCUGAUGCCACGGUUAUAACUUUUAGCAGUCCUGUUUUUACAUCAUUGCUGGCAUGGAUCUUUCUCAAAGAGAAGUACAGUAUUUGGGAUCUUCUGUUUACCCUCUUUGCCAUCACUGGAGUGAUUCUUAUUGCCAGACCACCAUUUCUGUUUGGGUCAAAUGUUACAGGGAUUGAAGGAAGUUAUACAGAGCACCUUAAAGGAACUAUAGCAGCAAUUACAAGCACAGUGUCUUCGGCUUCGACUUUCGUUAUACUAAGGAAGGUGGGAAAAUCUGUGCAUUAUUUUUUGUCAAUUUGGUAUUAUGCGGUCAUUGGUUUAAUUGGAUGUGUUGUAGCAUUGUUUGUUAUGAAUGAAUGGCGUUUACCACACUGUGGUAAAGAUAGGGUUCUUCUAAUAUUAAUAGGCUUGUUAGGGUUAGGGGGUCAGAUAUUUCUCACAAAAGCAUUACAGAUAGAGAAAGCUGGACCUGUAGCCAUAAUGAAAACAAUGGAUGUGGUGUUUGCUUUUAUUUUGCAAAUUCUUUUUCUCAAUCAUCGGCCAACUUGGUGGACUGUAGGUGGUGCUCUUUGUGUAGUGGCAAGUAGUUCUGGAGCCGCGAUUCGUAAGUGGCGACAAACCUUGAAGAAAGCUAAAGAAAAUGAAAUCUGACAGUAGCAGACACUAAUUCAUUACAGAAACAAACAAUCUUCAAAUAUAUAUAUACAAUAUUUGUUUUUAUUUAUUUUAAAUAUCUCUUUUACCAAAUUUUAGUACCAAAUUAUGGGCAAUAAGUUGAAUAUAUAUUUUUUAUUAUUUUUAUUUUUUUUUUAACAAAAUUGAAUAUGUGUGAACAACUGAUUAGGUAUAUACUUUUCUUUCUCAUACUUAGGCAUGCAAAUACGAGGAGUAGAAAAAAAUUUGAAAGUUGCUUGCCUCCUAUCAAAACUGGGCAAUAAGUUUUUGGCUUUUCUUUCCCUAAAAUUCCUGAUUCUCCACUUCUUAGACCCUUUCUCUGUUCUUCUGAGCAGUGGAAAUCAGUCUCCCAGGCUUAUUUAAUACUAUUCUGUGCUUGAUUAGCAGAGGGAUUGUAGUACAAAAUUUAGAAGUGAAAAAAGAGUUAUAAUCCUAUAAACAUCCAACUUUUCUAGAACAGAUAAAGCUUGCACAUUUAUAAGCUUUCUAUUUUUAUUUUUUUUUUCCACAAAACAGAUGCCAAAUGGGGAUUUCUUUUUAAUUUGGAUUCUGGAAGAACAAAAGCUAUUUCAUCUUUCCAAAUUAUAUAAAGAGAAAAUCAACUUGUGAAAAUUAUCUUCAGCUUUACUUUCUUCUAAAAUGAAUUUUAAAUAUUUGCACUUGCUUUACAGACAUAAUGAAAUAACUUAAUCCCUUUUUUUUAACAUGACUCUUUAGUUGCUGCAGUCUCAAUGAUGAGAGACAACAGUUAAUUGUGUACCACUCGUAAAUUCACCAUUUCUUGUGGUAUGGAAUGUUAUGCUGUAGCUGCACUUUCUUUAUUCUAUGCAAAAGAUUACAUUUUUUAGGUAUUUAAUACAGGUUAUUUUAAAUGCUGCUUGUGACCCUUUUGUUUAGAUUCUUCUGUACAAAAGUUCUUUAUGAGACCAAGUUUAAGUUUUGGCCUUCAUAAAGUUAGGAGUAUUUACAACAAAGCUUUUGCCUUUUUCCUAAGAAUUUACAAGAGCACAAAGUAAUUGCAGUUUCACAGAAAAGGUAGGUUGACCAAGGUAAUAACAGAGAUUCUACAGAACAGGUUUGGGGAGAGUUUGAUGGGA